UUGCUUUAAUAAAAAAAAAUGUGUGAUCCAAAAAAUAAUAAUAAAAAGUUAAAAGCCAACCCCCUCAAAGGCUCAACUUUCCCGAAGAAAACCAAAAGGCAGAAAACAAUUUGAACUGAUCAUUGCUAUGAUGAUGAUAUAAGCCAAAGUGGGUCUGUUUCAUUUGUUGUUUCGAGCUGCAUAUUGAAGAUUAACGAUGGCGGGAAUAGCAAUAUUACUAGAUCUAUACAAGAAAAAACCAAGCUUUUGUUCUCCACAAAGCUUCCACUCUUCUGGGUUAUUCUCUGCCUCCGCUGCCGCCGCAUCGGCCGCCGCUACCGUCGCUGCUGGAACCCCUUUUGCCUCCAGGUUUCUUUUUGGUUAUCCCAAGGUUUCACAUUGUGAUGCUGGUGCUGUACUGCCUGAACAUUACAUUUCAAAUACCCAAAGAUCAUCUGAAGAUUUCUUUAAGAAUGAUGCUCUCAAAUACAGUGUGAAGGAGUAUAAGAUUGAGCUGAAGCCUCUGUUUUCUGCUUUUGAAUUGAGGCCAUUUGCUUUGACAACCUUGAGGUCAUUUCUGUUGUUCUAUUUGCCUCUAUUGGAGCCUUCACUAAACAUAGAAGAGGAUGAGGAGGACUUCCCGCAAGACUCUCCAGAGGAGCGCCGUGUUGAUUUAGUUGUUCCCUUAAAAAAAUCAGUGAAGCAAAUAAUUCGUGAGACCACUGUUGUAACUACAAGACGGAUUCUUGAAAGACUUGCUGUUAUCUAUGUUUCACAACGCAUGGCGUGGAAACUCCUUAAAGAUGUCCCAAAAUCAGCUGUCAGAAAAUCCCAAAGGGGAAUGCCUGCAACAGUGUAUUUCUUCAGAGUUAGCAGAACAACUUUCAGAGGUCACCUUCUUGGAGUCACGGCUGCAUGGAUUGUCCAAACCGGUAUUGAAAUCUACCGAAGCUUUUCUCGCAUAACGAACUCUGAUGAGAGUAAUGAGGCCAAUGUAACAGUUCGAGCUAAACUUCUUGGAAAGAAGAUUUCUGGUAUUACCAUCAGGUGUGGAGCAUCAUUGAUUUUUGCUUCCAUAGGAGCUGGGAUUUGUGCUACUCUUUUCCGCCCGUCAGUUGGUCAGUGGAUUGGCUGUGCUGCCGGAGACUUGGCCGGGCCCAUCAUAGUAUCAGUUUGCCUUGAGAAAGUUUUUCAUGUGGACCUAUAGAGCAUUUUAUAGUACUCAACUACUUCAAAUUUCAAAUUUGUAGUUAGCAGCUUAGUUUAAUGAAAUUUUACCAAUAAGAACACUCUAUCAUUGUAGUUUUUCUGAAACAGAAAUGCUUCUCAAGCUGCUGAUAUGAAUUUUCCACUUUUUGGGAAA